UUACUACUAAAUACUCAUGUAAAUAUUUGGGGAACGAGUGAAGUAACACGUGUUAGUUCGAGCCCGACUAUCAACAUAAAGGUAUGGCUUCUCCUCCUGUGGAUCGGACUCCAUCAGCGGAGAAAGGACCGACGGCGAGCGUUGCAAUGCGUUCGGUCAUGGCAGGUAUCCGCCACUCCUUUCCCACUGUGCAGCAGAUGAGUACGAGGUCUCUCAGUGAUCGAAUCCGUCCCGAGCAAGCCGAGCCGAACAUGUCUCGCCCUGAUGUUGUUUUAUUGGAUACUCGUGAGUUAGCUGAAUACAAUGUCAGUCACUUGCCUGGAGCAAAGAGACUGGACCCUUCCAUCAGUGACUCCGACCUUGCUUCAUUUGUGGACGAUCUACGACAAAGACAGCCGGAUGCGGUGGACAAACCUCUUGACCUUGUGUGCUACUGUUCGGUUGGCUAUCGCUCGUCCAAGAUGGCAUCUCGACUUCAGAAGUUGCUGCGACCUCCACCAGUGGCCCGGGAUCAAGCCAGCGCUAGUGCAGGGCAGCACAGUUCUGCCCAGACAUCAGCAAAGCAAUCAAGCAGCUCCCCCGACUGUGCGGCCGCUACGGCGCGCCCUGUUGCCAGUGUGUUCAACCUGGAGGGCAGCAUGUUCCAGUGGGCCAACGAGAACCGCCAACUCUGCUCCGCCGGCACUGCCGCAACUCGCCAAGUGCAUCCGUACAGCGUGGUCUGGGGACGCCUGGUCGAUCGUGACCGGCACAACUGGGGAGCUAGCUAAACAGGCAUGUAGCUCGUGUGCAGUCAGCGUUGUCUGGUCACCACACCAGCAAAAUGGCCGCCAUACGUACAUAUACUACAUAGUCAAAACCAGGGAGUCGUAAAAGCCCGGGAGAGGACACGGGAUGCGCGCACGCGGACGAUGUUUGCCUCGGCCAGAAAGUGAAGCACGCUAGGCCGGCGCUGCCGGAUCUGCUCAAUCCACGGCGCUGUGCUCGUCUUCAGGGCAGGGAGUCCUAAAAUACCAAUAUUUUACAACUCGUUGUUGACACCAUAUCCGAAACUGGUGGCAAAGGAAGCAUAAACAUGA